AGAUGUCAACAUGGCGGCGCCUUUAACGCAAAACAUGGCAUUGUUGUUAAACAACAAGAUGCAACUUUUUUCUGGAAAGGUGGAUAAGACAAUACCUUGGCACAGUGUACUCGAAACCCUCUGUCAGGUUGGGUGUUGCUCACGCUGUGUACUUCGCUUACUUGGAGCCAAUAUUGACAUCAUCUGCAAACCAACUGAGGUUGUAGAUGCUAUUGUUGAUAACCUAAAGUCAGAACAGCUGCUUUUAAAUGUUAUUGAGGGCUGCACAUCACAAAUUGAAGAUCCGUGCAAUAGUGAACUCUCACACACGGAGCAGUAUGCUGCUAGUGAAGAACCUUUAGCUCACCCAGAGAUCUGUGUCACAUGCAUAGGUUUGCUCCAGGAUUAUCAUAACAAAAGAUGCAUUGAUCAGAUCAGACAGAAGGUAGAGAAAGAACAAUUUGAGUAUGACUCAUUCCGUUGCAGCAUCUACCUUCCACUUUCUGUAGUGCUGCGUGAGCAUGCUGUAUUUGUUGAGUUGGCAAAAUUGCACCCUAAUAUAAGGGGCGAAUACAUGUCACAACAGGGAAGCAAGAUAGUAUCGGUGAAAGAGGUGUGGAAGCGUCUCUCAGGGCCUGCGAUAGAAUGUCAGUUGCGUGCUCCUUUUAAAGCCUUUAGUCCAUUUGAAAUUGAGAUCAUGCAUGUCCUAACACAAGACAAGCAAGUCCUGUCUCAAGUAAUCUCAGAAGUGAAGGAUGCACCUAAAAAGCAUAGAUCUCGCACUGCAUUAAAGAGAGAGCAUGUGAAACAACAGAGAGAAACUCUGAGGCUAGAAAAAGAUGGAGUAGAGGUGCCAGAUCAAUUGUCCAUUGAUGGCAAAGGGGUAGCUCCUCCCAUCAAAAUGGGCCCACAAGAGCUAAGGAAGCUGCUGAUAAAUUUACCAGAUGCAAGGUUUUCAGAAUUAUUCCAGGCUACUACAACCAAACCAACAUCAGGCUGUGAUAUCGGUACCAUAAAGUGCAAUUACACAUCUCUGUAUUUGGCAGGAAGAUACAAUAAGUAUUCCAGGAUGUUGUGCCAGACUCCGUGGAUCAUCGAUGGUGAGAAGAAGAUGAAUACAUCUGUGGAGGAAAUAAUUACUCAGCCACUGAAUUGCAUGAUAAGGGGCGACGAGACAAGGUUCGCCUCAUCAGGACGAGAAGACGUAGAUGUGAGAACGCUCGGGAAUGGUCGGCCAUUUGUCAUCGAGUUCAUCAAUCCAAGAAGGCAUAAACUUGGUCUCGAAGCAGUGGCAAAACUACAGCAGGAAAUUAAUUCCUCGACUAAAGAUGUGAAGGUUAAUGAUUUACAAGUUGUAGAAAAGGAGAAGACGAGACUGCUAAAGGAUGGAGAGGAAAACAAGACGAAGCGAUACUUUGCUCUGUGCUGGUCCUCAUCCUAUCUUACUGCUGACAUGUUGCAGCAGCUUGAUGCCAAAAUGAAUCUAGAGAUAGAGCAAAAAACUCCAAUUAGGGUAUUACACAGGCGACCAUUACACACAAGAAAGAGAUUGGUUCUGGAAAUGAAGUCGACGCUCAUAGACAAGCACCAUUUUAAUUUGGAAUUGGAAACCAAUGCUGGAACUUACGUUAAGGAGUUCAUUCACGGAGAUUUCGGCCGAACUGUUCCUAACUUGACAAUGCUGCUGAAUGUAGAGACAGACAUACUUGAGCUAGAUGUCCUUUCAGUGAAUGUUGAUUGGCCACCUCCUGUUUCUUGCUGACAAAAGUAUCUUGGAGUCUUUUGAAUACAUUUAUUUUCCAAGGCUAAAAGUGGGAGAUAAAUCGUUAUGGCAUAAUUAAGUGCAUGUGUGCAAUAAUCAAUGUCACUAGUGCUUCAAUUAUGUGAAUUCUAUGCACUUAAUUAACUUAGUAAUACUAAAAGUACUUACAGUGCUUAUCUUAAUAUUUGAAUUCACUCAAGUGUGUAAGAACUGUAUAAAGAAUUAAUUUGAACGUUACAGUAAUAUCCUUUCUCAAGUAGACAGCUUAUUAUAACAUUAAAAAUGUGCUGUCAUAAUAAAUCAAUCACACUGAAAUAGUUGGGAUGUCAGCAUA